AUGUCACGUAUCCCACUGUUUGUUCCUGACGAAGGCGCUGUACGUCAGAAGAUGAAACCGAAUUUAUUCCAUUUAUCUAAGAGUUGCAGAGCCAAACUUUUGGCAGUUGACAGUUUUCAGUCGACCAUACGACCAGUCGCCCAAUUGGCCUACAACCGAUCUGUAACCACAUCUGCUGGGACAUGGAGGUGGGGAAGAACAGAUUGCAGUGGCAGACACUCCAUAAAGGCACAAAGUACUUGCCAGUCGGUGGUUACCGAAGAGGAUCCCUUCAACCCUCCAUCAGUAGCCACCGACGCAACUCUAAAAGAUAAGUAUAUAAAUUUCUGGAUAUUAUAG